AGAGCUGCAUUGUGGGCAAACAGAGUUGAAGCUACAGCAGAGGUCUGAAGGUGUUUAGGUGACUGAAAGAGUGCUGUUGUCUCAAUUUAUAGAAAUGUCUAGUGAGACUGAGUCAGCGGGACAGGUUAUGGAGGAGCCCAGCACAGAGGAACAACAGGAGAUGCAGGACAAAGUCGUGAGUCCAGAAAAAGCAGAGGAAGCUAAGCUAAAGGCUCGGUACCCACAUCUCGGCGCCAAGCCUGGAGGUUCAGACUUGCUGAGAAAAAGAUUACAGAAAGGGCAAAAGUACUUUGACUCAGGAGACUACAAUAUGGCAAAGGCCAAGAUGAAGAAUAAACAGCUUCCAGCAGCUGCAGCAGAGAAGACUGAAAUCACCGGAGAUCACAUCCCCACACCACAGGACCUGCCGCAAAGGAAGCAGUCACUGGUGGCCAGCAAACUGGCAGUCUGAUAUAAACUUUGAGGACUAUGCUGUUACCAUUCCUAAUGUCUUGAUCUCUUUACCUUCCAGUUUAUAUACUCACCCCCCUUCCCUAUUUUCUAUCUUUAUAUUGUAUGUGUAAUUGCUCUGAAGGAAUGGAGUUCUGAUAAAAUAUAGGACACUUGUUUGUUUACUGCUGGUGCUCUUGUUACCUGUUCAUUUGUGGAAAUAUGAGAUUUUGGAUAUAGAAGUAGAUUUAGUUACAAGAUCUACUCCCAGGUGAAAGUGUACUCUAAUCUGGCAAUGUAACAUUUUUAGGAUUUUACUCUUUUUACUGACUCUGCCCUUUGAAGGUUCAUGUACAUUAUGCUGUUUGAUUCGAAGAUUUAAACACACAUUCACAGUCAUUUGUCUAAACUAUGUCUUGACUUUUUUCAUGUGUGCUCUAUUGUGAUUAGAAUUAAAACUUGCCUUAAUAGUAUCUGCCAUAGUCUCUCCUGGGCAAUAUUUGCCCACUUUGAGAAGGAAGCCCUUUGAGGCAUUAGCCAAGAUCUAAUGCUUUUUUUCCCCUUUCCUUUCCUUUUUGUCUUUGACAGUUGAAUUUCCUAGUUGGGACAGCUCACUUAAAGGUUAUCUUGUGCACAUGCACUUACUAUCACGACUGUGCCAUUCAUUUUGUAAAUAAAAUAGUUUUGCACAAUAAA